AUGCUGUCCUCCCUGCGGUCCUAUCUAGCUGCACAAUUUGUCCCAGAAACCACUGAACUUCAAAACAGUAAUAAGUCUGGAACCACACCACAAAAUCCUGUCCAGGAAGUUGAAAAUAUCUACGCCUCUAAUAGAGACGACAAGUUUGUCGGUGGUCUCAAAGAAAUAAUAGCGCUCGCUAAGGAAUCGUCAACAAAACUUGCAGGCGAACUGAGGAAUACUGCUAAGCAGAUUUCAGAGAAAAUAAGUUCGUCAGCCCCCUUCAUCGAAUUCGAUCGAGCACAGUCAGACUUUGUUUUGGCAAAGAAGAAAGAAGGGUGUGAAGCUGACACAUCCCUAUCAUCACCAGGUUCUCUUCUCCUUGUUUCAUCCGAUGGGAAAUCUUACGAUGAGAAAGAUCAACAACGGCAGCAACGGGUAAAGGAGCAGAUAUUGCACCUCUCUCUAGAAGAGCAGAAUUUUCUUCGACCACCACCCCAUGGGUCGUGCUUCCAGUGGAACCAGCAGCUAGCCAGGCAGUACAUACCGAUUGCGACGGCUCUGCUUCAGGAGGACGCCAACUUGGCUGCCUUGCGAUUUCGACUUGUUCCACGAAGAGUGAAAGAGGAUGACUUUUGGCGAAACUACUUCUAUCGUGUCUCCCUCAUACGCCAGAGCGAAAAUCUUCCCAGCGAAAUCUUUCCUUCAAUCUCAAAAUCAGUUGCUGCUGAAGGCUCUCAAGACGGACCAGCUACCGUUGUGGAGAAUGAAGACGCCAAACCAAUUCUCCGAGGCCCUGAUCAGCUGACGAAAGUGAAGGCGGAAGGAAGCAGUGUGAAUGGAUCAGAGGCCCCCGAGGAAGAGAACCCGAAACGGAACCUUUCCCCCUCUUUCUCCUCACCCAUUGCUCUCAGUCUUGCAUCAGACAUGAGCGUCGACGAAAUCGAGGCGGAACUGAUGCUGGAAGGCAGCGACCUUGAGAACACCGUCGUCAUCGAUGACAACCUUGAACGCGAGAUACUGGAAGAGCUGGACGGCCUUGAGGAGUAA